UACACAGUACGCGUGCUUUGUUGUGCGAUGGUGGUGGUGUGAUUCUGAACUGAUCAAAGAAAUUGUUAAUUUCGGUAUUAUUGUCGAUCGAGAUUGUCAAAAUGGCUGACAGCAGUCACGAUAGCGGCAUGGACGAAGCAUUGUCAGAAGGUCAAGUUGAGCAACAAGGAAUGCUACAAUCUGUCCCUGUCACCACCAGAAGUCCUGUUGAUGUCCCUUCUGCCACAGACGUUAACAAGGAAGCAAAGCCAGCUGAAGCUCAGAAAGAAGAACCGUCACAGUCCCUUCAGUCUUGCCUCUCAAAUGAAAUGGAGGAAAACGAAUCUGUACCUACUUCUUGUUCAACAACCCAACAAGAAAAUCCACCUGUUGUUCCCUGUCACCAAGAAGUGUCAACUACUUCUACUUCCAUAGCAUCGAGAGUAGACAGCACUCAUGAUACAGUUGAAAUCUCGCCUCGCAUAAGAGAAAGCCAACCAGAUGCUGAGAGUACCAAAGAAAUCCCAAGUUCUGAUAAAGAGCAAGCCGAAGAAGUUGACUCGUCAUCAACUAGGAGAGAGUCGGAGGCACAAGACAAAACACCGUUCACUCAAAGACCAGUAGAUCCAGAAGAACCAAUGGAAAUCUCCCAUGAGGUCAACCCAGCAGAUGCAAGGCCGGCUCUGGAGACUUCUCAAGAAACUUUAGAAACAAUGGAUACCUCUGAACCAUCUUGUCAGAAAGUAGGCGAAGAUGAAAAUGAAUACGCUGGUGGGUCAACAAAGUUUCCAGUAGAAACAAAACAUAGUAAGAUCAAUCAAAGUGAGGAACUUGAAAGUGAAAAGAGUAUUGCACAAGUGCCUGUGGAUGAGGGUUCAAAACAACAGACCCAACGCAAACCAACUGAUACCCAAGUUUGUUUAGCAGACAGUCAGUCUAAAGGAGAUGGUCUAGCCGUAGCAGAGAAGGCAUCAGCUGAUGUUGAGUCAACCAGUGAUGCAACUAAUCAGCGCCCAAGUAUCUCAUCUGGGAAUGACUGUGUCUUAUUACCGGAAACGGAAAUUGGAAAAGACGAUCUCAGUAUCAAAUCACCACCAGAUGGCAGUCAGAGAGAUGGUAUUUCUGUAGUGUCAAGGGUAGAGGGUGCUGAUAAUGAGGUUCAAAAUGCUGUCACAUCAGAGAAUGAUCCUUUCAAUCAAACUGUUCAAGACGGCAGUGCAGCUGUGAGACCUUUGAAUGAGGAUACCCUGAUGGAUAACCCAUCGAGCAAAGAUGCUGCUCCAACUUCCAGCAACAGUGCUGCAUCAUUCCUUCAGGAUACAGGGAACAAGCCUCCUCAAGUCACUACACCGAAUAAGGAAACUGCAAUGCUUGUAGAUGGCCCCAGUGUUGCGACGGUAAAAGAAGACACCUGCAUAGAAGAUCCUACAAUGGAUGAAGAUGCUGGGGAAGAGGAUGAUCGUCUUGGGUCAGAGAACAAAGAUGCUGUCAGAGUGGACGGUCCAUCUGUUGCCUUGAUCCAUGAAGAUGCUGACAUGUGUGGUUCCGGUGUCACACCUCGAGAUGAACUUGCUGUUAUGGCUGAUCAAACCAUUGGAUCUCUAAAUGAGGACACUAAGAACACUGGUACUACUGCCACACCAGUGGAUGAAGAUGAAGCAAUUGUAGGUGAUCAGAUGAGUGGCGCAUCUUGUAAGAAAGAUGCCUCAUCACUGAAAGAAGAUGCUGAGAGAGACAGUCCUCUUAAAUGUGCCACAAAAGAUUCCUCAAGUGUCCCAUCUCUAAAUGAAGUUACUGGGACAGACGGUUCUGAUGCAGUUCAGCCCAGUGAAGAAACUGGUAAAGAUGGUCUGAGUCUCACAUCUCUUAACGAAGAUUCUACUCCAAUGAAGGAGGAUGUCGACUCAGAUGGCCUUCAUGAGUCUGCCACAAAAGGCAGCUCAAGUUUCCCACCUCUUAAUGAAGGUACUGGGAAAGAUGAUUCCCCUGCAGUGUCACUCGAUGUCGAAACUGGUAAAGACGGUCCUUCUGUCGCAUCUCUAACUGAAGAUUCUACAUUAAUGAAGGAGGAUGCCGAGACUGAUGGCACUCUUGAAUCUGCUGCAAAAGACAGUUCAAGUGUCCCAUCUCUGAAUGAAGGUACAGAGACAAACGAUUCUACCGCAGUGUCACUCAGCGAAGGGACCGGUAGAGACAGCCCUAGUGCUAAGGAAGACAGUGGGAGGGAUAGUCCCAGUGUUGCAUCCACAAAGGGAGAUACAGGUAGAGACAGCCCCAGUGUCGCAUCAGGACGGAGCACUCCAAGCACGAAAACCAGAAGGCGACCAAUGUCGAGGGACAGCGUAAUUACUGAGGCAUAUGAGCAGAAGUUUAUUCUUGGCGUAUUUCCUGCGGAGAAUCUGUUUGAGUAUCAGUGGCCGCCAGAGAAGGGUUCCGAGUGGUACUUUGUUCAGGAACAAGUCUGCGAAUUCCUCCAAGUCAAAUCAUUCAAGCGCAAAUACCCUGAUCUUGAAAGAAGAGUCAUGGACAGCAAGGAGAAAGAAUUCCUUCGGGAGCGAGGUGUGGUUUCGGAGGAGCAAGUCACGUUAGGAUUGACGGCUCUACGCGCUGAUGAGGUUUACGACCUCAUGCUGAGGGACGCCCCAGAUAAGUCUGCCGAGUACGCCAGGGUACUACACGAGAAAGAGAAGCAGAAUAUCAGCAAUAAACACAAACAAUAUGAACCGCCAGUUGUAGACUCGAAUAAAGUGCAGGAGUACAUCAAGAAGGCAGUGCGGCAGGCGGCUGAUUACAACACAGCUCUAAUGGCUGAACGCAGAGAGGAACGACUCUACUACUUUGACAUGCAGACGUUGACUGUUCAGAUGCCAGCAAGCAAAAUGAAGAAGCGGAGCAAAGAGUCGACAAAGCUAGGGCCAUACCCGGUAGCUGUCAUUCCUGGGCAAUAUCAGAACUACUACAACAGCUAUACGUCUGAUGAACUGAAAUACUUUCCGUUGUCGACGGCGUUGUACGGGCCGAUGGCCCCACACCGGCAGACUGAUCUGGCGCCCCCACAGACUGAUGCUGACAUCCUCUCCGAUAACGAUAGUGAAACUGUCCUGUCGACUGAUGCUUUAGAGUACUCCAGUGAGAGCGAAGACGGUCUGGUUACCCCCAUCCCAGCCCCCAUCCCAGCACCCAUCCCUAUGGAGGUGAAUCAAAGCACCAUUGAGCUCCAGACUGAAGUCACGGCAGCAGCUGAUAUCAGUUUAGCAUCGGAGCCACCCGUCUACAAGCCACUGACUGUACAAGAAUUGGAGUCUUGUGUGGAGAGUGGCAUAGCACAACCUAAAGACAUUCCAGAUGCCAUCUGUGGUUUAUGUCUGAAGGACAGCUCUGAGAAUAAGAUGGGAAUGUAUGAAAAGAUGAUUCACUGCUCUCAGUGCGACAACAGCGGUCAUCCAUCUUGUCUAGAUAUGAAUGAACCCAUGGUAGAGGUCAUAGAGACGUACCCGUGGCAAUGUAUGGAAUGUAAGACUUGCUUUCACUGUGGAGAUCCUACACAUGAGGACAAGAUGAUGUUUUGUGACAUGUGUGAUCGAGGCUACCAUACUUUCUGUGUUGGACUACAGGACAUCCCAACCGGGCUAUGGGCAUGUGAAAGUUGUCAAACAACGGACGACACCCCUGCUGCACUGGAGCCCCAUGUCCCCAGUCCCCCGCCCAGUAUACCAACCCCUUCACCGGAGGAGUCCGCCCCAGAGGACAGAUCAUCAACCCCGGUCACUGAGGCAACACCCACUAGCAAGAAAAGGGGCAGGAAAUCUGGUACGCCGGGGGCAGGGAAUAGACAGACUACGCCUGGGGGUAAGAGGAAGAGGACGUCAACCCCGACUCCAAAGAGAGUCAAAACGAAGUGAUUUUUAUAGGAGAGACUUGUAUGAAUUUUGACGUCACAUGGAUGUUUUUGCAGCGAUUGUUUCGCAGGAGUUGAACACAGCUCAAUUGUUGUGUUGUGAUUUAUUUGUUGCGAAUUUGUGACAUCAAAGUUUGUAUCGCAUUCGCAUUUGGAGGAAGUAUGAUUUGGGCUUUUAAGAAGAGGGUCUACCACUGUGGGAUGCGAAGCUGACACUGGGACCCAAUGUCAAGUUAACUUGCCAUUCGGAAAAGUAUUCAUUAAACAUUUAUAAGGGAAAACUGACUGGCGCAAAGAAUGUUUUCUUUUGGGACAAUGAGUUGUUAGUUUUGCUCACCUGCACAGGACUGUAUAUUUGGUGCUUUUGGAGUCCUGUGGAAUGACGGGUAUUUCAGACAUGAAUCAACCUGAAGAUGUGCGUUUUGGACAUAUUUGAUACUCAAUGUCAAUUGACCCCUUGCACGCACGUCACACACGGCGACUGUGUCACGCUCACCAUUUUGGUGGUCAAUAGGUUUACGUGUAAAUGCCGCGUCGCCUAAAAUGCGCACUUCACUGAAUAAUGAACAGUCCGCAUUGCCCAUCAGUAUGGCGGUUCCAAGAUUUUCUGAUGAUGACGUCAGGUGAAUAGGGUCAAUACUGGGGUUUUUCUACCAAAACUCAUCAUUUGGUUGAAUUAUCGAACUAUCGAAUAGAUGUGAAUAACAGCUCUCAAAUAAAACUCAAUUAGGGUCUCUCCUGUUUGUAAGUGUGACGUAAUUCCACUGUAACCCACACACCAACUUAAACCUAAACUGGCUCCAUUGUGUUACCAGAAGCCCGAAGAAGUUUCCUUUAGCCACCUUUCAGAACAGUUUAAUAAUUGGACUUGGCUUUUACAUUCGUUCUUCAAAGAUUACAGUCUUUUCAGAAAUAAAUAUUUCUGUUAUAAAACAGGUGGUUUUUAAUAGAAUUACACACAAACUUUGGAGCCUGAAGUGGCAAAAUAGUUUGAACAUGUAGAAGAUAGGUAGGCGUGUGACGCAAUGACAUACCAAAAAGUAAUUGAGGUAGGAAGUUCCAACUUAAAACCUCACGUAGAUAAAAGAGACGGUAAAAUAUAAUCGCGAUAUUCAUCUGAAAUCCUGUUACAUUUGAGAAACAUUGACUGUAACAAACCUGCAAUGGGUCACUGUCACAUUAUUCAUUUUCUUCAAGGGAAAAGACAUGAACUCACUGUAUACAUAUUUAGGUGUUCAAAAGUAACAUUAUUUUUAAUUUGAGGAAAGCUUGCUAGUUUCUGGCAGAGGGCUCACUCUACCACAUUCAUAGACCUUAUCGCAAAAAGUUGGUGCACUCGCGUCAGUCGUGGAAUGAGGUGCAUGCUAGUCUAUUCAGCGAUCAAGUUUGAUUGCUAGCUAGACCAGCAUGCACUCUCAUUCAAAAGUUAGCGCUUUUGCAAUGGUAUUUGCAAAAAGGUCUAUGACACCAGUACAGCUGGUUGUUUGGGCUGUUAAUUGAAAAGUACAGAAUUGGAAUGCAUCCAAAACUAAUUUUGUCGCAUACUCACAGCAAUGUUGUUGAUCUCAGUGAGGGCGCUGUUUGAACUUGUGACAUCAUAUGCAAGGUUUAUUGUUUAUGAGCUGCCAUGUUGCUUUUAUUACUGCUGGAGGCCUUGAGUGUACAUUUUUCAUCAGUGUUUGGUUAUAUUUCUUUGUAAGUUUUCAUAGGAUACAUGUUUAGAAUAUAGAUGAGCAGUCAACUCCAAUAAAGACUGAAUCAAAUUUGUAGCUGACUAACUGUGUGGUUUUGUUUUCAAUCUAACCUUUCCCCUUGCAAAAAGAAGCGAUUGUAUCUCUUUAUAAAUAGCCGAUUUGUGUGUGUGUGUGUUUAUGUUAUUGCAUCUCCUCCCUGGAUACCGCAUCAAACCUCGCCAAAUUUACACGGAAGAAAGGAGCUGACUUCGUCUUGACACUCAUCUAUUUUUGAACAAAAUCCGUUGAAAAUUGACAGAUUUAUGAGCAAAAAAACACCAAAAUUGGUGGGGUUUUGCACGCCGUUUUAACUGUUGCUAUGGGCAGUGCGCGCGUACAAUGCAAGCGCGCGUACAGUACAGUGGCUGCGCGCGCCCAUAGCCUCAUUUUGGGUAAGAAUGAUGACGUCAUGCAUAAAUAUUAAGAGAGGCGUAUAUGGGACGGG